UAAAGACCCCGCAGCCACUCUGCCGUCUGUUGUGAUUCAGUUGAUUUAAGAAGACAUUCAUUUAACCGCUGAGUCAUAUGGAUGAAGUUUAUGCUGACUGUCUGUGAUUUUUGGAGCUUCAAAAGAGAAAUCUCCUUUCACUUGCAUUUUAAGGACCAACUGAGCUGAGAUAUUUUUCUUCAAAUGUGUUCUGGAGAAGAGGGAAAAUUAUAAACACAUGGGAUAUUACGAGGAUCUGCUCCUCCAUACCUCAUAGUAAUCUGGAUUCACCCUUGCCGUGGAAAAAAGGUGGUAUAUAAAGAGGAUCAACUCCGGUGUAACCACUGAAGUCUACUGACAUACUAUUGCAAAAAUGAAGUUUGUUAAAGAAGAGAGUGAAGACAUGAGUAUUACAGAGCAAUGCAGAAUGAAACAUGAAGAUACUGAGGAACGAAGAGACUUGAUAAACGUAAAAGAAGAAAGUCAAGAACUGGAUGACGUGGAGGAGAAACACCAUCUAUAUCAUACAUUAAAUAAUUUCAUCACUGGUGAAGAUUCUUUUAGUGUCUCGAAGACUGAAAAUAAUUUCUCACAGAAAAGAACUAAAAAAACAAGAGACGAAAACACAUUCACCUGCACUCACUGUGGAAAGAGUUUUGCACAAGCAGCCCAUCUCACACUUCAUCUGCAAAAUCACACUGGAUUAAGACCAUUUAACUGUGAACAGUGUGGCAAGAAAUUUAGUCGGAAAUCAAAUCUGAAGGUACACAUGACAACUCACACAAAUAAGCCAUUUGUGUGUUCUUGUUGUGGAAAGAGUUUCGCUCAUUCAGGACUCCUGAAAGCACAUGAGAGAGUGCAUACUGAAGAGAAGCCAUACCACUGUACUUCAUGUGGGAAAAUGUUCUCAAAGAGAAAACAUCUAAAUAGUCACAUGAAAAUUCACACUGGAGAAAAGCCUGUCCUCUGCCAUCAGUGUGGCAAGAGUUUCAGAGAUAAAGGUGAUCUUCAGCGUCACAUGAGAAUUCACACUGGAGAGAAGCCUUUCCCCUGCCAUCAGUGUGGAAAGAGUUUCAGAGUGAAAGGAGAUCUUAAACGUCACAUGAGAAUUCACACUGAAGAGAAGCCAUACCACUGUACUUCAUGUGGGAAAAUGUUCUCAAAGAGAAAACAUCUAAAUAGUCACAUGAAAAUUCACACUGGAGAAAAGCCCUUUCCCUGCCAUCAGUGUGGCAAGAAUUUUAGAGAUAAAGGUGAUCUUCAGCGUCACAUGAGAAUUCACACUGGAGAAAAACCCUUCCCCUGCCAUCAGUGUGGAAAGAGUUUCAGAGUGAAAGGAGAUCUUAAACGUCACAUGAGAAUUCACACUGGAGAGAAGCCAUACCACUGUACUUCAUGUGGGAAAAGUUUCUCAAACAGAAUAAAUCUAAAUCGUCAUAUAAAAAUUCACACUGGAGAGAAGCCCUUCCCCUGCCUUCAGUGUGGAAAGAGUUUCAGAGAGAAAGGAAAUCUUCGGCUUCACAUGAGAAUUCACACUGGAGAGAAGCCUUACUCUUGCUCUCAGUGUGGAAAGAGUUUCACACUUGCAGGACAUCUCAAACAUCAUCUGCAAAAUCAUUCUGGAUUAAGACCAUUUAACUGUGAUCAGUGCAGUAAGAAAUUUAUUUUGGCAUCUCAUCUAAAGGCACACAUGACAACUCAUAGUUAUGAGAAGCCUUACCUGUGUUCUUUUUGUGGAAAGAGUUUCGGUACAUCAGGACACCUGAAAGCACAUGAGAGAGUGCAUACUGGAGAGAAGCCAUUCAAAUGCACUAUAUGUGGGAAGAAUUUCACCCAAUUAAGUGGUCUGAAGUCUCAUUUAAAAAAGAGUUGCUCAAAAUUAUAAUUGUGAGCAUGGUUAUUUCAGGGUCAACACUUAUGUUUUUAAUGUAUAACAUAACUUCAGUCAGUUUACUAGAUCUGUUGUAGUCCAUCCAUCCAUCCAUCCAUCUUCAACCGCUUAUCCGAAGUCGGGUCGCGGGGGCAGCUGCUCCAGCAGGGGGCCCCAAACUUCCCUAUCCCUGUAGUCAUAUAAUAAUUUCAAAAACAUGAACCAUAAAGGUCAGGAGCAGAAAAAUACAUGCUAAAAGGCAUUCUAUGCUAAAUUAAUUUUGAUAUUUCUUUUUUUUUUCGUUCUUGUUUUUCAGUAAAAUAUCUAAACAUUCUUAAAACAAGAUAUUUUUACUUCACAAGCUAAAUGUCAUCAUUGUAAGUCUUCUUUUGAACUGAAUUCAGUGAAGUUUAGGCUUAAAACAAGAAAAAAAUAUUUGCAAAUGGGCUAAGAAAUAUUAUUUUAAGCAUAAUGUUUACUAAAUUUGGUCAGAUUUAUCUGAAAACAAGACAUUGUUUCAUUAGCCAUUUAAAUAUAUUUCUAUCAGUAAGACUCGCAGACUUGAGGUAAAUGUAAGAUGGCAUUUAUUUGAUGAAUAUAAAACAGAAAAGUAAGGUCUCUCUUUGGCCUAGGCCCUGUCUGGCGGUCCAAAGUUAUAGUACUCGGAACCGUCAUAUCCUGCCAGAGAUAAGAGGCAGAGGCGAGGAGCCUACCCCCGUGCAGGACGGGACUCAACUGGUGGUGGUAGGGUGGUGGAGGUUGCCAUGUUAGCACGCUGAAACAGCAAUGUGAUAGAUUGUGAGCAGACAUUAUAAAGCAAUGGUUUACAUGUGAUUGGCUGGGAAUUACCCAGCUAAUGGUGCGAUGAUGUACAGCUGCUAGUCUUCCUGCUAGAACUACGCUGGGCUUACAUAUAUUGUUUUAUGAAUACUGGCUGGGUUAGAAGACAAAUUUUUUGUUUGUUUUCAUUGUAUAAAUGAUCAUAACCUUGUAAAAGACUUAUCUACCAGAUUGUAUAUCAAUAACAUCUGAAUAACAGGAAUAACCUUGCAUAUUAAAUACAAAUUAAA